ACGCCUCCUGUUUGCAAAGCCAACCGAACCAUCGUUUGAGCCCCGCCCAGCUCAGACAGACAGACAGCUCCGCUCAGCCAAUCACAUGCGCGGACACAGGGGCGACGCUGUUCUUCCUCCGCCAAUCAGAGCCCGCUUGUCUUGUGUUGUUGCCACAGAGAUGCUGGUAGGCGUUAGUUAGCUGCCAGUGUUCGAGCCCGGAGGACUGUCCCUGUGUCUCCGUGUCCCUGUGCUCCAGCGGACUGUCCCUGUGUCUCUGUGUCUCCGUGCUCCAGCGUGUUUGUUUGUCCGGGGGUCGAACCCGCGGGAGGAAUGCUGCCGCCCGGCUCCUGAACUCUCCAGAGGAUGCACCCCACACGCAGCCCCUCGUCCAUCCCGACAGGUGUCCCAGGAGACGCCCUGGACCUCAGCCUGUCCGGCGCCCAGCUCUCCAUGUCCAAAAGACCCAGCAGUGCGUCGCCCGGGAAGUACUUCUCCCGGUCCGUGUCGGUGUCCGUGGCGAGCGACAGCAGAGGAAAACGCAACACGCUGAGCGAUGCCAGCUUCGGGAGCUCCCGUUCCAUCAAGAACCUUCGUCGGUCCAACAGCACCACGCAGGUGAACCAGCAGGCCAACAUCAGUUUAAGUCAGGACCAGAGUGAGGACUACCUGUCUCUGUUUGACAGCAGCUCAGAUGGCCGCAAGAAACUGGCCAGCCUCAGCAAGGCCUCACCAGACAGAACCACGUGGAACAUCCUGGACGACCAGCCCAGAGCCUUCCCUCUGCACUCCAGCUCUCACAGCACCGGCAGCGUGGACUCUCCCACCAGCCUGAAGAAAAGAGAGUCUGGCAUCGCUUUGGCUGCCACUUUCACUGCCAACAACAGGAGCAACAAGGGAGCUGUGGGGAACUCUGUCACCACCAUCUUACACAACAACUACUCUGAGAAACCACUCACACCGAAGAGCUCCAACCAGAAGCCGUCAUUUAACAACAUCCUGAAGGCCACAGCGAAUGAUGAGGUGUCACUUGAGAACGGCUCCCUGACUAAGUCCCAGAAGAAUUUCUCUUCAGUUUCUUCCACCUCAAACAACAGAUCUCCAGUGUCUGCCCAGCAAGGCAGCCCCGUCCUGUCUCGAAGGAGGGAGGCCACUGAGGAGGAGGCAGAGAGGUUUAUUCAGCAAGUGAACCAGGCAGCAGUCACCAUCCAGCGCUGGUACAGACGUCAUGCCAAGAGGCGACACGCUAACCAGGCGGCACUCAAACGCAUCCUUGCCAGUAAAAGAAAGGAGUGGGAGGAGAGGACAGAGGAGGACGGUCGCCUGGAGCAGCAGCAGAAAAAGGACGAAGACAGAAAACGGAUUCGUGAAGAGAAAGCUCGCCUGGCCCGCCUCGCUGCCAUCCAGGAGCUGCAGCAGAAAAGAGCCCAGCGGGUUGCAGAGGUGCAGCACGUAGCUGAGGUGGAGCUGGAAAGCCUGAGGCAGGCCGGUGUGGUCGGACGCAGGAAGCCGCCCAGGAUUUCACCCACCAACAGAAGCCCGGCUUCACCGAGCAACAACAGCCCGAUGUCACCCACAGACGUCAAAGCUAAGAACACGGAUUCCAAUCUGAAUGUUGUGGCUGACUUAGGUGAGCUGACCUUCAGAGCCAUUUCCCCAGCUUUGUCCAAUAACAGAGGCUCUCAGUGUUCCCAGGAUCAGGAGGACAGAGCAGAGGUAGACGUCUGCCUGGAGCAGCAGCACCUGGAGAACGACAGGAAAUUAAUUCGUAAAGAGAAAACUCGUCUGGCCCGCCUGGCUGCCAACCAGACCAACUCAUCCGACGAGCUGCAGCAGAAAAGAGCCCAGCGGAUUGCAGAGGUGCAGCACGUAGCUGAGGUGGAGCUGGACAACAUGAGACAGACGGGUGUGGUCGGACGCAAGAAGCCGCCCAAGAUUUCUCCGGUCAACAAAAGUCCAGCCUCGCCGAUCAACAACAGCCCGAUGUCACCCACAGAUGUGAAAGCUAAAAACACAGACUCCAAUUUGAAUAUUGUGGCUGAGUUAGGUGAGCUCUCGAGCUUCAGAGCUGUUUCCCCAGCUUUGUCCAACUGCAGAGCGUCUCAGUGUUCACAGGAGAUCCUGCAGAGGUCGGUGAGUGUGGAGGACCAGCGGCAGGGAGCUUCGUCCAGCAGAGCUCAGUCUAAAACCACCCUGAACGAGCUGCUGGACACCCUGAAGCUGUUAGAGGAGGAGCCGGAGAGGCUGUCCGAGCCAAAGAGUUACCGCAAAGAGAAAUAUGCCUGGAUAGACGAGGACGGAGACUCCAACUCUCUGACCACUGACAACCUGGAGCGUCACGGCCAGCUGAGUCACCAUCCUGCACUGCCAGAUGGGGGCGCCCUGCUCUCCGAGGCCAAGCUGCAGAGCAUCAUGAGCUUCUUGGAUGAGAUGGAGAAGUCUGAGCAGGAGAGGCCACGCUCGGUUACGUCAGGGUCACACAGAGAGGCUGUGUUGUCGGAGGAGGAGCUGGUUGGUGUCGAGCAGGCGUCUGCCACCGCCGCCGAGGUCACCGGCUCCAUGAUGAGAAUCAAGCUGGAGCUGGAGGAGAAGAAACGCACCGUCAACAUGCUGCAGACCGCACUGGCCCAGCAGAGGGAGCUGACGAUGAGACAUGUGAAGGAGACAGAGAAGGAGCUGAGCAGGAACUUUCAGCUCCAGAAGGAACAAUAUGAAUCCACCAUCCAGAGACACCUGACGUUCAUCGAUCAGCUCAUCAAUGAUAAAAAGGCUUUGAGCGAGCGCUGUGAAGGAGUGGUGGGAGAACUGAAGCAGGUGGACCAGAAAUACACCAAGAAGAUCGCACAGAUGCAGGAGCAGCAUGAAAUGGUGUGGCAAAUUCUGGGUCCCUUGUGCGAGGAAAUCAAGAAGUUAAAAGAGCUCAUGAGUGCCACGGAGAAGAUCCGCCGGGAGAAAUGGAUUGACGAGAAAACCAAGAAGAUUAAAGAGAUCACUGUGAAAGGUCUGGAGCCAGAGAUCCAGAAGCUGAUUUCAAAGCACAAACAGGAGCUGAAGAAGCUGCGGACGCUCCACGAGGCCGAGCUGCUGCAGGCCGACGACCGGGUGGCCCAGCGCUACGUCCGCCAGUGUGAGGAGCUCCGGCAACAGCUGGAGAGGGAGAAGGAGGAGCAGUGCCAGAGAGAGAGGGAGAUAGCCAAACAGAGAUACGAGAAGCAGCUUCAGGAGGAGGAGCAGUCGCUGCAGCAGCAGAGGAGGCGUCUCUACAAGGAGGUGGCGGAUGAAAAAGAGAGGCUGGCUGAGCUGGCUGCAAGGCAGCGUGCUGAGCUGGAGGAUCUGCGGAGGCAGCUGGAGGAGAACAGCUCUCUGGCUGGACGAGCGCUCAGAGUGGAGCUGGACAAAACCAGAGAGGAGCAGGAGAGGAGGCACCAGUUGGAGAUGAAGGCGUUACAAGAACGUUUGGACAUCGAAAAACAAUCCUGGGAAGAAAACUACAAGAAAAAAGAGGAAGUGUGGCUGCUGAGCCGAGAGCGUGAGCUCAAAGAAGAUCUGCGACGAGAACGCGACAAAGAGAUCGAGCUCGCCAUCUGGACGCUGGAGGAAGAGACCAGCAAGGACAAAGAGGAGUGUGAGAGGGCGGCUGAAAACAGGGUGAAGCGGGUGAGGGAGAAGUACGAGGCCGAGCUGAGGGAUCUGGAGCGCUCUGAGAGGGCGGCCGUGGAGAAGCAACAAGAGUUGAGGAAGCAGCAGAUGGAGAUGGAGGGAGAGCUGAUCAGACUCCAGGCCCUGCUCCGACAGAAAGAACAGGAGGCUGAGGACAUCACACAGACCAGGGACAAGCUGGUGGAAGAGCGCCGCAGCCUGGCGGAGGUGAUAAGGCAGGAGUUUGCAGACCGGCUGGUGAUGACGGAGGAGGAGAACAGCAGGAUGAAGGUGGAGGUGUCGGAAGUUCGAGCGAGGUUGCGGCUGGAGGUGGAGAGGGUCACCAGGGAGAAGGAAGAGGAGCUGGCCGAAGUCCACCAACGAGUGAAGUCUGCCAUCUUGAAGAAGGAAGAAACUGUCAGCUGUCUCCGGAAGCAGCACGAGGCUGCGCUGAAGAGGGCGGAUCACCUGGAGGCCCUGUGGGAGCAGCAGAGGAAGCAGCUGCUGGAGAAGUGACUGACAGGAAGGCCUGGUUUCAUCCAUCUGGACCUCUCCUCUCCGCCCUCCAUCGACCCCCACCCUCUCUCCGUUGUGUGGCUCGAGCCCUCCACCUGAUUUCCCCUUUGGAUGUUGUUUCCGCCAGCAAGACUGAACCUGUGGAGCGUCAGAGGGUUGAACAAGUGACUGAACCUUGUCCUACCUCAUUUGAAAAAUACAAAAUGGGGAAACGCACUGGGCCUCACUGUAUAGGGCAGGCCCCCCACACCCACCACCCAGGCAUGAAGGAGCGUGUUGUGUUGGAACUUCCCUGAUUUAAAUGCCACAGACCAGGUGGCAGCAGAUGAAAAGACGAUGGACGGACGUCCCCUUCUUCUUCUUCUUCUUCUUCUUCUUCUUCUUCUUCUCGAGGAGGAUUGCUGCAGUUUUUGUGACUCUCCCUUCUAUCCCCCUCCCUCCCUCCCUCCCCUGCAGUCUGUGGGAGCAGGAAUGCCUCCAUGUUCCCCACAGAGCUGCCACAGAGAACACUUCCAGAUGUUUCUGAAACCAGCCCAGGCCUGCGCUGGGGUCGCUCCCAUCCCGUACGACCACAACUCACAGACUCACGUAUCAGCCGGCAUCAGAGCAAACAGUGUGAGCGUCUGUCUGUGCCGAGCCGAGCUCCCUGUGCCCCCUUCUGUCUGCUGAGUCAUGUGUUUAUUCCCGGUGUCCCCUCGAGGCGAGCGCUAAUUACAGGAUCCAUAUCUCCUCGCUGGCUCCGGCUCUGUGACCAGCUCUGCACAGUUUGAGUGUCUCACACCAGAGUUAGGACCUAACAAAGACUUGUAGCACUAACGCUGGUUCCAGACUGAAGGUAGAGUGCAUGUAGAACGUUGCUAGAGAGAGCGGUGGGACGUGUAGACGACUUAAAGGAAAAAGGGAGUGAAGAAAAGCAGGAAGGCAUGUCUGAGGUCAAAGACAGAUGAUUACAGAGCAGCUUCGAGGGUUUCUGAAUGUGAGGAAGAAAGAAGAGGGUGGAGGGGGGGGCGGAGGUAAGAAGGAAUGCGCAUAGAAAAUGUUUAUAGGAUUAGGAAAGCAGAGCUGGGACAGAGUGAGGAGGGUGGAAGGAGGCACGGAGCAUGUGACCAGAGGUGUGUUUGAAAACCAUAAAGAGGCUGCACAGCGACAAAACACAAGAAACUCAACAGGAGAGGGGGGGGGUCCCUGAGUCACACACAUUCAAACCGUGUGUGUGUGUGUGUGUGUGUGUGUGUGUGUGUGUGUGUGUGUGUGUGUGUGUGUGUGUGUGUGUGUGUGUGUGGAGCCGCCUCAUCACGACAGACGUGUCUCAUUGUUUUUCUUUUUUUAUUUUUUUUAUUUCUCAGCCUUUGUGAUGAUGAAGAUGUUUUGUAAACUCACGUUCACACACAGAAAGUCUUUGUGGAUAAGAUUUCAGUAAGAGUGGCCCAUAGCAUGAGUGUGUGUGUGUGUGUGUGUGUGUGUGUGAGAGAGAGGGGACUCUGUAACCAGAGUUUGUGCUGCAGACAGAAACUCGAAACCACGAAGUAAAGCCUGUUAUUUAGGUCCAACAUGAUGUGAAGACACAGCCUCCAGAUUAGACAUCAGAAAAUAUUUAUUCUGUUUCUCUUUUCGAUAUUUAUUUUUUAAGAUUUAGCACUCCUGUGUGACCUUUUGACAGGUCGGGGAUUUGAAGUAAUGUUUCUGAAAGCUCAUCAAGUCAGAACACUAAACAGUGACUCGGCAGAAAUGAUGACUGCCGCCGUGACUCGUGAUAAAUACGCCAUUGUUGGAUGGUUUAAAUAGUAUGUCAGGUUUUUCUGACAUGAAAUCUGAGCCUCAGUGUGAAGGUUCAUAUGAAGUGUAGUGUAGAGGAGGGUUAAUGUCAGACGCAUUCAAUCAGAGUGAUUAAACCAAAUGUUGAAUAAAAUCCCAGACGGCAGACUCAGGCGGACGGAGGUGGUUGGUGUGUGUCGCCGUGGCUUUCUAGACUCACUGUGAGUCACGAGGACUUUGGUGUGGAGGACCGGAGGCUCUCGCAGCGCCGCGGUCUGCCUCGCAGCCCCUCACCGCUCUGCUGGUGUUGGCACGGCAGGCGGAGGCUGUUGGCCUCGAACCCGGGAGGGUGGUGGUGUGAGUUGGCAUUCCUCGCGCAUGCCCGUCCUACAAGUGCCAGAGAGCCUUUCCUUUGUGCGCAUGGGAGUGUUUGUGUGCCACCAUUCUUCCGAUCUGGACCCGAGAUGACCCACUUGGUGUCAGAUACACAGCCACGUAGAUCACAUGGCACCCUUGUUUCUUUCUGUCUGUAACUCUAUAUACGAACCAUUCCAGCUGUCGCCGGGUAUUGUCCUGAUUUUUGUAACGCUCUGUGCCCGAACAACACGUAGCUCUUGCACACACUGUGUUCUUCUUCUCUUGUUUUUUAGUUGUAAUUGUUAUUUUCAUGCUGAUGGUUCGAAAAAACUGUGAAGAAGAUGGUGACUGAUCCGUCAGCCACAACGUGAAUAAAAAGCAAAGACUGUUGGGAAGA